AUGGUGCAUCCUCCUCCUUCUCCUCCUCCUCCUCUGCAGAAGCAACCAAUCUACCCCCGUCUCAACCUCCAGCAUCCCCAAUACCCACGAGUCAACAUGGAUAACCUCCCUUCCGGCCCAUACACCAACUACGACCCCAACUGCCCCGGCACCUACACAGCCACCAACACCACUCCAGUCCCGCUGCAUCCCAGCCGCACGUCCCAGUCCUACACAUACAGCAUGGUCUUCCGCGUGCCCGACCAGCCGUGGCCCUCGCUCGCGCUCCUGACCCAGUGCCUCGACAAGGUCCGCCGCCGCGACUGCCGCGUCUUCAGCUCCCUCGAGGCGAUCCAGCAGCACGGCGGCGCCCACACCGGCGACCUCAUCCUCACCUUCACGGUGGCCGAGCCUAUCGACGCGGUGAUCUUCGUGUCGGCUGAGGGCGCGAUCUCGCUCCAGAUUCGGAACUGGAAUGUGGACCGGAGUAUGCCGGGGUGGUGUUUGGUGUCGGGUCCGUGA